AUGACACCAUACAGAGUGGCCGAUACUCAGCAGAAAAUUAAUUUCAACCGGGCACACUCAAGGACAAGGGUUGCUGUGGAAAUGGCUUUUGGUCGCUGGAAGCGACGAUUCGGAAUUCUACAUGGAGAGCUACGUCUGAAGCCAGCUAAAGCGUCUAAGGUCACUGUAGCCUGUGCUGUACUCCACAACCUUGCCAUCGACCUAAAGGAGCCUGAUGUAGAUGACGUUGUUCCUGUUGCGCCACAGCCAGGCGAAGACUACAGAGGACAGGAGCAGGGGCAGGCCAUAAGAGAUCAUAUUGCUAGAGCAUACUUCAAUUAA